AUGGCACCAAAUGUGGCACCUCAUACCACGGCAUCGGGAUAUCUUCUAACUCAGCGACAGUCGCACCUGGGGAAGCGUUCUAUAGCCCCGGCAGUAUUUGAUCGCAUAUGCAUCGAGUCAUUUAUUUAUCAUGCUUCUAUCAUGAUGCUCUUCGAACCAUCUCUCGAUGCUCUUUCAUCUAUCCGACGACAACUAGAUAUACCCGGGUAUUUCUCUUAUGUGGAAAAACGCGACAUAUCCGAGUCGCUCCCCGUCCAGCCAAUUCUUCAAACAUCCUAUGACUUCUUCCUGUCAAUUGCCGAUGCUACGAAGCUCGCUCGCAUAUCCAGAUCUUUGGACGACGCAGAAAUAACGCUGUGGUGCCAUACUUGGCUUAGACUACUUCAGUGGGACCAAGUUGAUCAUACGGAUGACGUGUCGCUAAAACUCUACUUCAAUGCCCUUCAAAUAUUGUUGCUGAAAACUGCUCCUGAUUUGUCUAAUGAAGAAAAGGCACUCCAGAUAUCCGAGUCUCUUCAGCAUGGGCUGCACAUUAUCGUUUCGUUGGAGCCAGAAGAAUAUGCGCCUAGCUAUCUCUUAUGGCCACUAGCCAUUCUUGGUUCGAUCAGUAUACUUGAAAAGGAAAAGACCGCGGUAAAAGACUACAUUAACUUAUUGAUUCGGUCAAAGCGAGGAGGCCAAGCGGUAUGGGUGCUGAAGCGUUUGAACAGGGUCUGGAACGUGGCUAAAUUCCGUACCAAUUGCCCACCCUCGGCAAUGAGACUUGAAGGGCUGCAGAUAUUACUUGAUGCGACAUAA